UCCGUUGUGUAAUAAUAAGAAGAAGACACUUUCCCAGGCACUUCUGUUGCACUGCAGCCAGGCAGAUCUGGGUGGUUUGUGGCUUGCAUACAAGACUUGCUGUGGAAGGUGUUUAUAUGAUUUUAAUGUGGGGACUAUAGCUGGCAAUCUUCCAUUCUGAAGUUUGGGGUCUGAAGGACAUAGGGAAAUUGUGCAGCCCAUGCAAGAUGCCUGUCAACGUGAAUGACGUGAUGCAGCUCCUGUGCCAUGUCUCAGAAGAGCGGAAAAUGAAGGCGGCCGUCAAGCACUCUGGACGGGGCGCGUUGGUGGCCGGUGCCACUGCUUUUGUCGGGGGAUUGGUGGGAGGUCCUCCUGGCAUAGCCGUAGGCGGUGCCGUUGGUGGUUUGAUCGGGGCCUGGAUGACCAGCGGACAGUUCAAGCCCAUUCCUCAGAUCCUCCUGGAAUUGCCUCCCGUGGAGCAGCGGAGGCUUUACGACCGGGCCUUUGCCAUCAUCAGCAGUUUAGACUGGACGGACGCUGCGCAGCUCAUUGCCCUCGUCAUGGGAAACGCGGCCAUUCAGGAAAAGUUGCUCACCGUGCUGACUUCCUAUAUCACCAAUGAGCUCAGAGCAGAAAUCCAGUAUGGAAAGUAGAUCCCGACCUCAAUCUGAUUGUGUUGGUUUUCUUAUUUAUUUUUUUCAGGGUGCAAAGGGUGCCUGUUAUAUGUAGUGAAGAAUAUUUUAAAUCUAUGAAGAUAAUAAUAGAUUUAGUAUGGAUGCGGAAGUAGUAAUCAUCAUGGUAUGAUAACAGUGAUUCCUAAAUAAGAGUCAUGUGAUUUUGGAAAGGCCUCUGUUCCAAUAUCAGAAUCUCUUUUCCACCAGUACUUUCCUAUGUUGCCCCUAAUUGGCAGCACCUUAAUUUGGGUCUCUAUGCAUAAAUGUGCUCACUUGGAGAGAUAUCUUGGCUGGAACUCAAAUGAACGUGGUCUCCAGAUGAGCAAGAGCAUGCUGGAAAGAUAGUAUUUUACUAGAUGGUCAAUGAGGGCAUCUGAUUCCAAACUUGGGUAAACUUGGUUUUUGAACAACAUCUCUGAACGCACCCAAGACUGGCUUAGGGAUUGAAACCAUGGCACCCCUUGGAAGUAGGCCUGAUCCACCUGGCAUUCUAAUAAAACAAUGCCACAGUACGUAAACAAGAGGAUUAUACUGGCCAACGUGACUCUCUUAACAUUAGAUAUGGAUAACUUUGCUAUGAUUUGCCAUGUAGUUUGGUAUGUUCAUAACACCGCUUGAAAUGAUAGUUGUCAAGAUACCUUGACUUAUUGACCUCUCUUAUUGUGAAGGACAUUUUUUAAAAAAGAACAAAACAUAUUGUGUGACUGAUUAAGAAUACAUUACGACUUUUUGAUUUA